AACCCAAACCUAAUACAGAGAGCCAGAGUAGGACCAGAGCCGUUGUACGCUAAGUAGCAUGAAGACAUUGAGAGUGAUGCUACACCUGCUGCUGUCCCUGUGGUGUGGUCUAGUGGUGGUCUCAGGAGAGAGCGGAUCAACGCAGGUGGAGGUGGGUGCUACGUCGGCAGACUCCACCUGUACAACUGACGUCCACGCCACUCUGAGAGAGAUGAGCGCCCUGAUGGGGGAGCAGCGUGUGGAGCUGUGGCUGGCCAAGGCCCAGAUAGAGGCCCUGCAGUCCAGACUGGAGGCCAGUGAGAGCACCGUGGACCAGAUGAAGAAGGAGAAUCAAGAUAGGAAAGUGGCAUUUUCACUUUCACUUGAAACAACAACAGACAACCACUCCGGUCCAUUCACUAGUGGUACAACUCUCAUCUUCAAACAAGUCAUCAGCAACGUUGGCAACGCAUACAACUCCAAUACAGGCUUCUUCACCGCCCCCGUGAGAGGUGUGUACGACUUCAGCUUUUCUGCUCUGUCUCGGGGCAGCUCGGUUACCAUGGCAGCCGUCUUGCGCAAGAACAAAAAGGCUGUAGUAUCAAUAUAUUCCACUUUCAGCAGCCAUCACAACAACGCGUCUAACGGGGCGAGUCUGCUCCUAGAGGUAGGAGACGUGGUGGACGUGUACCUACCAGCAAACUGCAGGGUGCUAGAUAAUGUCAAUCACCACACUACUUUCAGGGGACACCUGCUAUUCGAGGUGGAAGCAUCACCAACCACAACCAGUCAAUAAAUCAUUAGCAGAAGCCAGUGCUAUUUACAUGACAUCGGCCUACAGUACAUGCUCUCUCAUACUUCCAGAUGAAUAUGUCUUUAGGAAAUUAUGUUAUGGGUAAAUAUUUUGAACACGGAAUUGAGCUCAUAUUUCCUGCAAAUUGACAAUGUGUUUUGAAAUGUGUAGCAAAUCUGAGGAAAAUAAAGUUGUAUCUCUUUAUGCUCAUUAAACAUUCUUGCACAUCUUU